AUGGAGAACAACAAGGGGGUGGAGUUCGUGGUGGCGCUGUACAACUACACCUCGCGCAAGGAGACGGAGCUGUCUUAUCGAAAAGGGGAUGUGCUCGCCCUCCUCCGGCCGCCGGACGACUCGGGCUGGUGGUACGGUCGCCACGCCACCGCGGACAGCGCGGCAGCCUCCGGGGGUGGCGUAGUCGAGGGUCUGUUUGCGCACAACUACGUGAAGCCCAUCGAGCUCCAGCUGUACGUGGGCAAGCACGCGUUCAAGGGCAAGGGCGACGACCCCGCCUACCUCCCCUUUGCCCAGGGCGACGUGCUCGAAGUGGUCCUACCGGACUCAAGCGGCUGGUGGCUUGCGCGCAGGGCCGGCGGCAGUCGGCUGGCGCUCGUGCCGGCCAACUACAUCGCCGUCGCGCCCCCCAAGGAAGAGGACAAGCAAGCACUCCCACAACCGCAGCAGACGCAACAACCAACAGCAGCCGAGUCUGCGCACACCAUCGACCAAGGCAGCACCUCCGAUGAAGAAGCCCAAGAGCAGCCUGCUGUGGUGAGCGUGAGCGCCGCAGACGCAUCUCGCGAGGCGGAAGUGGUCCAGGCAGCAGCCUCGUCGCCGGCGGCGUCGGCCACAGCGGUGCCGGGGAGGACCGAGGAAGGGCAGCUGCUCCCUGCCUCUACGGAAUUGGAGGCUGCCCUCGCCCAACUGCUCCCCUCGCUCAACGCGGGGGCAGAGGCGUCGACGGAUCUGGUGCAGUUCCUGCGCGACCAGCUCCAGCGACGCGAACAGUUCACCGCUCAGUUGGCCGGCAUGCUUCAAGCCGGCGAUCCCAGCCUCACGCACUCUGGUUGA